UGUGUAAAAGUCAAAAUCGAAAUCCAGCGUGAGUGUGUGUGUGUCCGUGUGAGUGAGAAAGUGACGAAUUACUUUUCAUCAAAUGGGAAAUAAUUUAGGGUGAAAACACGUAUAUUUUCGGGAACACAUACAAAUUACAGACGUGAUAACAUCUAGAAACAUCGGAGCAAAUUAAAUAACACGAAAACACCGCAAAUACACCAUCGAAAUGGCGGAAGGCGGCAGCAAGCGCAUCAACGUGGUUGUAAAAACGCCAAAGGACAAGAAAACGGUCGAAGUUGACGAAGAUUCUGGAAUAAAAGAUUUCAAAAUUCUGGUUGCACAGAAGUUUGAGGCGGAGCCCGAGCAGCUCGUGCUCAUUUUUGCCGGCAAAAUUAUGAAGGACACGGACAACCUUCAGAUGCACAACAUCAAGGACAACCUGACGGUGCAUCUGGUGAUUAAGGCGCCGACGCGCAACAACGAGCAGCCGGCCCGCCAGCCGGCUGACGUGCGCCAAACGCCCUUCGGCCUCAAUCAAUUCGGUGGCCUGGCCGGAAUGGAGGCACUUGGGGCCGGAUCGAACACGUUCAUGGAUCUGCAGGCGCGCAUGCAGAACGAGCUGCUCAACAACGGCGACAUGCUGCGCUCCCUGAUGGACAACCCGAUGGUGCAGCAGAUGAUGAACAACCCGGAGACCAUGCGUCAGCUCAUCACGUCCAAUCCGCAGAUGCAUGACCUAAUGCAGCGCAAUCCCGAGAUCUCGCACAUGCUUAACAAUCCGGACCUGCUGCGCCAGACGAUGGAGCUGGCCCGCAAUCCCUCGAUGCUGCAGGAGCUGAUGCGUUCGCACGACCGCGCCAUGUCGAACCUGGAGUCGGUGCCGGGCGGCUAUAGCGCCCUGCAGCGCAUCUACCGCGAUAUUCAGGAGCCAAUGAUGAACGCGGCCACGGAAUCCUUUGGUCGCAACCCCUUUGCCGGCCUGGUCGACGGCGGCGGUUCGGGAGUCAACAACCCGCAGCAGGGCACCGAGAACCGCAAUCCCCUGCCGAAUCCGUGGGGCGGUGCCAAUUCGGGAACCAAUGGAACAGUCGGUGGCUCCGGCGCCGGCAAUCCGACGGGAGAUCUGCCGCCGAACAAUGUGCUCAACACGCCGGCCAUGCGAAGCCUGCUCCAGCAGAUGGCCGACAACCCAGCCAUGAUGCAGAACCUGCUGAACGCGCCGUACACGCGUUCCAUGAUGGAGUCCAUGUCACAGGACCCGGACAUGGCCUCGCGCUUGCUGAGCACCAGUCCGCUCAUGUCUAACAAUCCCGCCCUGCAGGAGCAGGUGCGUCAGAUGAUGCCGCAGUUUAUGGCCCAAAUGCAGAACCCCGAGGUGAUGAACAUGCUGACCAACCCGGACGCAAUGAACGCCAUCCUGCAGAUCCAGCAGGGCAUGGAGCAGCUGCGCAGCGCGGCCCCAGGUCUCGUUGGCACCCUGGGCAUUCCACCGCCACCACCGGGCGCCGGCACCGGAACGAAUCCAGCCAGCGGCGAUGGGAGCGGGGGCAACAGCGGUUCCAGCACCAACAAUGUCUCGCCGAGCAGCGGCCUCAACGCCGGCACCGGCGCUCCAAACCUGGCUCCGGGCGGUGGACCCAACGCGCAGCUCUUCAACGACUUCAUGAUGCGCAUGCUCAACGGGAUGUCGAACAACGCGGACAACACACAGCCGCCGGAGGUGCGCUACCAGUCGCAGCUGGAGCAGCUGAACGCCAUGGGCUUUGUCAACCGUGAUGCCAACUUGCAGGCUCUGAUCGCCACCUUCGGGGACAUCAAUGCGGCGGUGGAGCGACUGCUGUCCCUCAACCAGUUGUCCUUGAGUUAACAAGGCUAAGCCAUAACCAAACUGUACACAAUCUGUCUAUAUAUCUACGAACUACAACUAUAUAUACCACUACAACCCUGGAGAACGCGAAUGAGAAUACGACAAGAUAGGAGGACAGGUCCUAAACCCAAACACAUACCCUCCGCCCAAAAAUUCCACGGUCAGCGCUGCUGAUCGCUUGUUUCCCCAUCAAGCCGGAAAUGUCAUACCCACAUGCCAACAUACCAACGCCCUCAACACAGAAACAGGUGGCCCCACACGAGCAUAGGAGCCUCAAGAUCGCAGAGAUACUAGAGAUAAAUGGAUGAUUUGACGCCGGUGAGAAUGUUAGGUAGGGAUCGCAUACCAAAGUGUCAGCACUUUCGUAGUUGAUAUCAGUUUUUUUUUAAUUAUUUACACUUCGUGAGCUCGGAGAAUCCUUAAAGCGGAAAUGCUUUAACCGAACGCCAACUUGAACGUCGCAUACGUAAUGCAUUGUUUUGCACGCCCAAUCACUUCAUACACACUUCAAGCGAAAUAACGCAUUUUCCUAUCGGAGAACUUCGUUGAUUUUCAAUAAAAUUAAACGGGCACGUGCUCUUUUGUCAUUAGUAAUGUAAUAACUAUUUUGUCGCCAACACAUGUGAAUUCCAGAGAUCAGAGGCGUAGUAUGUAUCCUGUGUUCUGGUCAGGCAGUUUAGUUUUAGUCGGGUGCUAGUAGACUACAGCCGCAGUCCUUCUCCAUUUCUCGCGAUCCGAAGACGUUCUGGAAAUUGCAAACAGCUGCAAACGGGACAAACGUACAGUAGAUAUCGGCUAUAUGCGAAGACAUUGUCUUGGGAAUGCUGGCCAAUGCAUACGAGCAAUACAAGUAGUCAAUCAAAAUGGUUAUCGAUUCGUUAAUAUAAGAGCAAUCUCCAAGCGUUAUUUAUCCCACGUCCCGUUCAGAGGAAUACAAAUGUAAAAAGUUGUUGCACACAGGCGAUUUGCAUGCUAACGAUAUCUACUGUAAGUUAAUGUGUGUAUAUAGGUAUAUAUAUAUAUACAUAUAUAUAUAUAUCAAAAUAUUCCAUGGUGUUAACAAAAGACGUAAAACUAUAAAACAAAAAAAAAACUCCUUAGUAAAGAGAGGAAGCCCCAACAAUAAGUUGUAAUGUAAUUUACUCUAAGCUUUCGUAUAUAAAACCUAUAACCGACCAUUUGGGUUCCCAUUUCCGAUCAAUCACACACACUUUCGAAAAGCUUUCCUUCGCGCGCUCGCCGUUUAUAUAAGAUAUGGAUUCAGUGUAUACCCUGUAAGUGCUACCCCCACAUAGCCUCGCUCGUCCGCUGGGACGACUUCAUCGUGGGAUUGGCUGGCCGGCCGGCUGGCUGGCUGGCUGGCUGGCUGGCCGGGUGGUUGGUUGGUCAGCUGGGCUAGUGGACUAGUGGAACUACGUUUAUUUGUUUAGUGGAGAAAGUGAGGCAAAGUAAUUAAAUGUAAAUGAUCACAUGUUUGAAAACGUAAUAAAGCUACUUUGGUUUUAGAUUAUA